GUAGUUCCACUUACGUUGCAGAUGGGAACCACGAUCAGAAACAAGCAAAGCAAGUUAAAGCAUUUUGUGUUAAGAAUUCUAAACAAGGCAAAGAAAUUAUAUGUGAAGGGGUUGGUGGAUUGUGGAGGAAGAAUUAGUUAUGGCCAUGCUGGUGUUCACAUUUCAGUUUCACACCCCCCUCAAGAAACUAAGAGCGUAGUAGUAAAUGAUGGUGAAAGACAGUCACUGAGAGAACUUUUAAGAACUAAUGAAACAAGAGUCGUUAUGCGUGGAGGUGAAAGAGUAGUAGUGCCAAUCAGAAUUAAUAAUGAAAUGAGUAUGCAAAGGAGGCAAAGGAUUGGAGGGUAUAAAUAUAAUAGAAAUAAAAUGAGCUAUCACAUUGAGAUGAGAAAGAUGGGGAGAAUUGAUGAAGAUAAACCUUGUUAUUUUGAGGAAGAUAAAAAUUAUCAUUCCAAUUCUAAACCCAAUUUACUCUAUCUCUAUCCAAGGACCUAUAGAACUAGUGGUACUGUUGUUCUCAACAGCCACGCCCAGUGAUGGAAUAUUUCAUCCAUGUUCAAAGUCUCUACAUUUAUGCUUCAACUUUUCUUCCCAUAAUUUCACCCUGUA